AUGCGUCUUGAAUACACUUCCAAGGAACCAAAAUUUGUCGACGAAGCGGAUCAACAAAUCCUUACCCGGGUUUUGAAACGACGCGGUGGCAGCUUAAUCCCUCUGGAUCGAACUCUUCUUCACGCACCGUCCAUUACAGAUGGUUUCAAUGCGUUCAUGAUUGCCCUCCGAACGAGAAAUUCUCUCCCAGACGAUGUUAGAGAGAUUGCUUUUUGCCGGGUUGCAUCUUUGACAGGUUGCUGGUACGAAUGGGAGAUCCAUUCACCCAUUGCUGCCGCUGCAGGUGUCAGUCAGGACGGACUGCAGACACUCCGGGAUAGCCAAGCAACGGGUUCAAAGGGACUGAGUGAUCGCCAACUCAGUGUUGUGUAUUAUGCAGACGCAAUGACGAAAGCCGCGAAAGUUCCCGAAGAAGUCUUCAAGGCAGCAAGAACAUUCUUCAAUAACCAACAAAUGGUGGAGCUUACGGCUACUAUCGCAGGAUUCAACAUGGUGGCGCGUUUUUGUGUGGCAUUGGACGUUGGAGAAAAUAAUGACUUGAAGGAAGAUGCCGUCUAG